AUGUUGCUCUUGACGCUCAGCGCUCUCCUCUUUUUUUUCCUGCUUCCAGGACCCUCAAAGCAGCAGUUCCCAAGACCCUGCAUCACCACUGAGGCUCUGCGCUCCAAGCAGUGUUGCCCCCUGUGGGCAGGCGACAGCUCGGCCUGCGGGGCGCUCUCUGGCCGGGGGUCCUGCGAAGACGUGGUGGUUUCGGAGCUCCGCAAUGGGCCUCAGUACCCCUUCUCUGGAGUUGAUGACAGGGAGCGUUGGCCCCUGGUCUUCUACAAUCGCACAUGUCGCUGUGCUGGAAACUUCAUGGGCUUCGACUGUGGUGGCUGCAGGUUCGGCUACACGGGAGAGCAGUGUUUGCAGCAGAGGCCACGGGUGCGCAGGAACGUGCUCCAUUUGUCAGAAGCUGAGAGGCACAAGUUCAUCUCAUACCUGAACCUGGCCAAGAACACCGUAAGCCUGGAUUACGUGAUGGUGACGGGGACGUAUCGCGAGAUGGACAAUGGCUCAAGACCCAUGUUCUCAAAUGUGAGUGUCUAUGACCUGUUUGUGUGGCUGCACUACUACGUGUCCCGGGCCGCUUUGCUGGGGGGCCCUAACAACGUGUGGGAGGAUGCAGAUUUCGGCCACUGGGCCCCCGGCUUUCUGCCUUGGCACCGUGUCUUCCUGCUCCUAUGGGAACAGCACAUCCAGAAGCUGACGGGAGACGAGGAAUUUGCCGUGCCUUAUUGGGACUGGAGGGACGCGCGCGACUGUCAGGUGUGCACAGACGAGCUGAUGGGAGGCAGGAGCCCCUUAGAUCCAAAGCUCAUCAGCCCUGGCUCCGUAUUCUCCUCCUGGAAGGUGAUCUGCUCUCUUGCACCUGAGUACAACAUCAGGGGAGUGCUGUGUGAUGGCACAGCAGAGGGCCCUCUGCUACGUAACCCUGGCAACCACGACCGGGGAUUCAGCAGUCGACUGCCCACCUGGGCCGACGUGGAGUUCACUGUGAGCCUUCCGGAUUACGACACGGGAGCCAUGGACAGAACGGCCAACAUGAGCUUCCGGAACACACUGGAAGGCUUUGGGGAUCCCGUGACAGGACUGGGCAGCAGCCGUGAGCUCCACAUGCAUGCCUCGCUGCAUGUGUUCAUGAAUGGCUCCAUGUCCUCGGUGCAGGGCUCUGCCAAUGACCCCAUCUUCAUCCUCCACCAUGCCUUUGUGGACAGCAUCUAUGAGCGUUGGCUGAGGAGACACCAGCCCCCCAGGACCCAGUUCCCUCAGGAAAAUGCCCCCAUCGGGCACAAUGAUGGCUACUUCAUGGUUCCCUUCCUGCCCCUACACCGCAACGGCGAUUACUUCAUCUCCAGCAAGGAGCUUGGGUACGACUAUGCCUACCUGUUGGAGCCAGGUCAGUAUUUUAUCCAGGAGGUCCUAGGCUCCUACGUGGAGCAGGUCCGCCACAUCUGGCCCUGGCUUCUUGGAGCCAUAAUCCUCGGAGCUCUGGUUGCCUUUCUGGCCGGCGUUGCCGUGACAACCCUGGCCCGAGCCUGUCGAAAGCCACACCUGAAGAGAAGGGAGGCAUCACAAUCAAUGGAGAAGCAGCCCCUGCUCAGCAGGACAGGAGACUCUGCCAUGUCCUACCACAUUCCGUGA